ACACUGACAGCCAGUGCAGGGAAAAGUGACAUUUCCGCGAUCAAAAAUGCGGACGACGAAAAAGUUUUAAUUGAUUCUCCGAGCACGCAACGAGUCGCCUAAUAUGGGAGAAUGGUUGUUCACGAGGUCGUGUUACUGCUAUUUUUACUGGCAGGAUGGCAGAGAGCACUCGCGGAGGUGCCAGAACGCGAAGUGCUAGUUGAUGUAGGGCAAAAUUUAAGUUUGCCUUGCGCGAGCGAUGAAACAUCGACUCAGGCGGCAGACUUUGUGGCGGUAAUGUGGAUCAGAGAUGGUCGAGAGGACGGCCAGAUUCAAAGAUCGAAAGUCAAGCCUAAUGGAACUCUAGAGCUUGUCAAUGUCACCAGACACGAUGCAGGGAACUACUCCUGCACGCUAGACAAUGACGCCAACGCGGUCAAAAGUAGGAUUAUUGUACGAAUAAGAACACCUCCGCUGGCUCUACACAACGUUUGGGUAAAACCUUCCACCAUCCUAGCAAAUAUCCUCUGGGAAGUUGGAGAAACCGGAGGUUAUCCGAUUAUAGACUUCACUGCAGAGUAUCGCUUAAAACCGAUUCUAGGCGUAGAGGCUGAAGAAUGGAAGCCCAUCAUCCCGAAUCACAUUCCUCCAAAUUCCAGGCAGAUAGAUGUCUAUCAUCUGGAACCGAAUACAACCUAUUCGUUUCGGGUCUGGGCAACCAAUCAACUCGGUCCAGGCGAGAUUGUCGAGGUGGAUGGACACACACAUCACAGUGAUGAAGAACUGGAGCUGGCAAGACACCUUUUACAAGGAGCAGAAAAUUUCGAUACUCGCGUAUGGGUAGCAGCGGUAGGGAUUGUUAUGGGAACUUUAAUGAUUCUUGGUUUAGGAACCUGUUUCCUACUCUAUCGCGAGUGCAGGGCAUCUUCGCAGCUGGAGGAACAGGAAGUGAUUGAACUGGUGCCGAACAUCAUCCUGAACCCAGGAUUUUUCGACGAGAGGACAGAUCGCAUCCCUCAGGAUGAAAACUUCAACAAUCAAACAACAACUCGACUGAACAAUAACACCGUCGUGCAGCCCCGGCAACUUUAGCGACCAAAAACUCUUAGCUUUUACUCAAACCCUCCCUUCUAAGCAGUCUGGAUUAAAAGAUCGUUGAACGAAUGAAAAUCCAGCAGCGAAAAAAAACUCGAGAGGCCCAUGAAAACUUCUCGAGAAAUUUGCUUCGCGAAACGAACUUUAUCACAGAACGCAACGUGUUCAAACCCAAGACUCCUAGGAUUCUUGUGGUGGUUUACCAUUUUUGAGAGACAAAUUUAUUACAGAAAGUUCAGUCGUUUGUCAUUCAAACCCUUUGUCGUUGCUCAAUGACCGAGCUUUGCCUGAGAAACUUCCGUGAAACAAGAAACAAGAAGUUGUUAGUAAGACUGUAUCUUUGAUCUCGAAUUUUUUCGAAUUCUCGGGAUCUAGUGAUCUUGAAAUCUUGCGAUUUCGACUCACCAUGACACUAAUCGUAUCUGCUUUUCCGCACGAGGUCCGCAUUUAUUUCCCAGUUGUCGGAUCAGUUGACGUUGUGCGGAAAAAGAUACAUUUUUUAUAGAAUAAAGUUGAAGUGGCUCUUGAAUUUCAAUAGAGAUCGAUAAGCACUCAAGUCGCGAUUACUGCCGUUUUUUUGGUGUGCACAAGGUGUUAUACAUGUUCAAUCGACUAGAGCUGAGAUCGUUUUCUGAAAAUUCGUGAUGCUCUUGAAAGAUGGCUGAAACAUCAAAAUCAUCAAAAUCAUCAAAAUGGUGCAUUCAAUCCUCUCGGUGAUUUUUCCUCUUGUACGAUUUUUCUCUUGAAGAAAGAGGAACCACCUUAAAAGUUUCAUUCCACUUUAAUUUACUGACUCUGUUUCCUCCAUACUCAUUACUCAUUUUUGCAUAGACAGUCGUCUUGAUGUUAAAAUCAAAGUUCAUCAAAAUCAAGCUAGCGAAUGCACAACUCCACUAAGAAUAAACGGGAAUAAUUUAGGAUAUUUAUCUGGUAAGGUCUUGCACAAAUUGACAAGCUCCGCAGAAUGCCACAUUCAAGAAUUAAAAACUUUCAGUAUAUUUUUACUUUUAAUAGAGUUCUAAAGUUAAAAUUAUGUAUACCCUCAAUAUUAUUUAUAUGAGGGAUAAUAUAUCAGGAAAUGAACACAAAUAUUUUUCCUAGAGACUUUUAUAAUAAUUUUUCAAUUAAAAGUCUCGUUUUAAGAGGAAAUAUAAAACUUCAUUUGCAAAAUUUAGUUCCUAAGUUUCCAAUUAAGUCCAUGCUUAUUGAAACUUUAUAGUUAGUCAUUUCCAAACUGUUGAAAACUAUUUCAUAUUGAAAUAGAUUAAUAUUAAUUAUUGGAUUGAUAUUUUUAUUAUUGCAGACUUAUUCAAGUGGAAAUAAUUAUCGUAACUAAUAUACGAAACAAAUCUUGGAAUUUAAAUUUCGCGCCAGAAUUACCUGGGAAUUAUGACGUCACUUUUUAGCAACGAAACACGGUAUUCUUUCGGGAAUUUUGAAAAAAUGUCAUUGGGGAAUUUAAAAUAAUUCGCGAUACAUCCAGAUCUGGAUUUUAAAAUUCAAAACAUUAUAAACUAAAU